CCUGAGUCCCUGACCUUGCCUUUUACCUCCCCGGUCUCGCCUUUUUCCUUCAAGCCCAGCUGGGAUUUCUUUCUUCUCUCCUUCGCCUUGUCCGUCGUUGGGAACACUACAAAUCUUUCCCUUGCCGCUCUUUCUCGCUGCCGUCUCGAGGAUUUACUCAUCUGCACUGGCAUUGCGACAACCGGCAAAUCCAUAGACGAUUCGCGGCCUUACAUUCAUUAUACCCACGCUUGCUUACCGUCGACUACCUCGAGGAACAAGUCCUAUUCCUCCGCAUCAAGCCGCAAGGCCAUUCACUUGUCUCGCCAACCUCAACCCUCUUCCAUAACCCAUCAUGGAUCAGGACCAGUACAACCAGGGCUACUACUCCCGCCCAGCAGCUGGAUUGCCUUCACAGGCCACCACUGCCACCGGAACCCCUCUUCGCCCCGGCACGCCCAACACUGAAAACAGCCGUAAUCCCUUUGGCGAUGGUGUCGAGUCCCAAGCUUCUCAGAGAGGGCCCAUGGCCGGUACACCAAUGGGCACGAACCCAUUCGGCACGCCUGCCGUUUCCCGACCUGCCUCGAGCUUCGGCUCGUCCAGUGCCAUCGGCGCACGCUUCGAUGAGCGAUCCCAGCGGUACUUUCACUCCAGACGUAUCCGCAAGGAGGAUAUCGAGAAGCCUUGGUUGGACAAGGCCGACCCCAAGGAGAAAUGGGUCACCAUCAUUCCUAUUGUCGGUAUCUUUAUUGGUCUCGCCGUCUCUGGCUUCCUCGUCUGGGACGGUAUCAGAAGUGUCGUCAAGCACAAGUACUGCCCCGUGCUCAUUGAGGAUUUCUCCGGCAGCAGUCUGGACACAAACAUCUGGACCCAGGAGGUGCAAGUCGGCGGCUUUGGCAAUGGCGAAUUCCAGAUGACCACUGCCGACAACGAGAACGUCUUCCUCAAGGACGGCAACUUGGUCAUCCGUCCCACUCUCCAAGACUCCGCUCUCAUUGAGAAGGACACCGAGAUUGACUUGCUCAAGGACGGAACUUGCACUUCCACAGAGUUCUCCGCCUGUGUAACUGCCACCAACACCACUUCUGGCAACUCUUCCAUUGUUCCCCCUACCAAGUCUGGUCGCAUCAACACCAAGAAGGGUGCCACCCUCAAGUAUGGCCGCGUUGAAGUUGUCGCCAAGCUGCCUAAGGGUGAUUGGCUCUGGCCCGCUAUCUGGAUGAUGCCCGUCGAGGAUACCUAUGGUGCUUGGCCCCUUUCGGGUGAGAUUGAUAUCAUGGAGUCUCGCGGUAACAACUGGACCUAUGCUCAGGGCGGUAACAACAUCGUCUCCUCUGCUCUGCACUGGGGCCCCGACCAGGCCAACGAUGCCUGGUGGAGAACCAACAACAAGCGUCAGGCUCUGCACACGACCUAUGGUGAUGAGUUCAACACCUUCGGUCUGGAAUGGUCCCAGAAGUACCUCUUCACCUACGUCAACAGUCGUCUGCUCCAGGUCCUCUACACCAACUUUGACGAGCCCAUGUGGAAGCGUGGUGACUUCCCCCAGACCAACUCUAACGGUUCCCGCCUGGAGGACGUCUGGAGUCAAACUGGCCGUUCCAACACUCCCUUUGACCAGAAGUUCUACCUCAUCAUCAACGUGGCCGUCGGCGGUACCAAUGGCUGGUUCGAGGAUGGCCAGUCUGGCAAGCCGUGGGUUGGAAGCAGCCCCAACGCCAAGAAGGACUUCUGGAAUGCUCGCGACCAGUGGUACCCCACGUGGACCCAGCCCGAGCUCACUGUCCAGAAGGUCUCCAUGUGGCAGCAGUGCGACGGCAACGAGGAGCUGUAAAAGCCCGCUCGAAUGGCCAUUUCUCUUUUUGAACUUUUCGCACAUUUACAUAUAGACGGCUACAUGCACAAUUGGGAUAGAUGACGGGCGCGCGGUGCGGCUUUUACAACGGAAGGCGAUUACUCUGGAAUACCAACUUGGGAUUACUCACCCAGGUGCUUUGAGCACAUGUAUUUGAUGACAAUAUCUUGGGUUAUGAUUAGGAUAUUGGGAGAUGCAAACAUAUU